GGAGCCCUUUGGCCCAGCCGUUGAUGGAUACGCCGGAACCCGAACCCGAAACCCUCGUGAGGCACCCCGAUGAGCCUGAUGGUCUCUCUUUGUCCACCCCCGCAGAGGUGGAAGGCGAUUGCAGCUCGGUGGACAAGGCAAACGGAAAAGACGGCGCUCAGCUCGACGAUGCCUUUCUAGAGGACCCGGAGGACCUGGACAGCGCUACAUCAAACAGCGAAGAUGAACCGGGCCCACCAUGUUUUUGCUCAACACCAAUACAAAUUGUUGAAGAGGGCUCCGAGGAUGAUGGGUUUGAGGAGUUUAGGAGGAGGCUUGGCAUAGAACUAUCCGAGCCAGUGCCACAUCGUGAGCGUAAGAAAGUCAUGCGGACUAUUAUACGUGUUGCUGUGUAUGCUGUCCUUAAACACUGCCUUAGAGAAAAGCUUUUUGAAGAUUGUGAGGGCUGUGUCAUAGAUGCGCCAGCCCAACGGCACCAUGACUGUGUGACUUGGACUUCAGUGGAUAUAAACUGCAAGCUCCGGGCCCUGUGUGCUGAGCUGUGUUUGGAAAGCUUACUAAACACUGUUAUUGCGAUAGGUUAUGCUAUGCAAUGUCUGUGCCUAACCCAAAAACAUUUAGCACAAGGGGUGACUUUGAUAAAUGCUGUGCAAUUUAGUGGAGACCCUGAUCGUGUUUUAAAGAAAAUGACCAAACCAGAAGAUGCCUGCUUACAACGUUAUAUUGACCGUCUAGUUCGCACAAAAAGUUAG